AUGUCUCUGCCUUCCUCCACACAGAUGGGGGGCAUGGGGAAUUCCCUGGACUUCUCCUCCCAAAACCUGCUUAGUCCAAUGAUGGUAAGCUCUGGCGGCUACUCCGCCGCCGGUUUGGACGAGAUGUCGGACUCCCAAUUCCACAGCCAACGCUACAAGAUCUCCUUUUCGGAUAUCCCCUUGUCGGACACCACCACCACAACCACACAGAGUCUGCCUGACCCAACCUCGAUAUGUGAAAAGCAGUGUGAGGAGGAUGACUUUUGCUGUGGUUGGAACAGUGGCUGUGGGCGCCCUAGCUGCGUGCUGGGAUGUCACAUUGCCACAGUCUGCCGACGUCACCGUCUGCCAGGAGACCUGUCGGUCCCUCCAUGA